GUACUGAAAAUACAUAGGUUAUGUCAUGUAUACUAUAGAAUUUCAGUGCUGAUAGUGAAUAUCGGGACGCAGCCAUUAUACGCUGUUCAUGAAAUCGCUCUAUCGCAAUAGCGUUGGUAGUGUUUACGUUGAUAAUACUUUGAUAACGUCUUUCCGAAUGCACUUCAAAUAUGUGUGUGAGAAUUGCAACCCGUUCAAACAGAACAUCAAUGAAGUCUGACGUUCAAAGGCGGAAAUUAAAACGAUUGUCAACUAGUUAAACGACAUUAUUUACGUGAUAAUGCAACUGCAAGUGGCAUUGGACAUACCGCCGGAUGACAAGACCAGUUCAGCUUGGUCGAGAAAAGAGAGACGGAAAUGGUUCUUCUCAUUGCUUUGGGGAACAUGUUUGAUAUAUGCUACACGUACAUCUGUUCCUUUGCUGAUACCUGUUAUUAGCCAUGAGAAACACUGGUCAAAGCCAAACUCUGGUGCAAUAUUAUCUACUUUCUUCUGGGGAUAUAUGAUGACACAAGUAGCUAGUGGUUAUAUCAGUGAUAGAAUUGGUGGGCAGAAAGUAUUAUGGAUAUCUGCCUUUGGUUGGUCGGUAACAACUUUCUUUAUGCCAGAAAUCAUAAAUUUUUACAAGGGUAAAUUAUCCUUCUUGCCAGUUGUAUUUGUGAGGAUAGUGAACGGUGCAUUCCAAGGAAUGCAUUUUCCUAGCAUGAUUAGUCUGAUUAGUCAACACUUGCAUGAGGCAGAACGUGCCUCUUUUUUUAGCUUGUUGACAUCAGGAUCUGCUCUAGGUACAUUGCUCACAGGAUUCUUAGGCUCCUAUCUUUUGGAGAAUUAUAAUUGGAUGAUUGUCUUUCAAACUUUAGGGGGCAUGAGUUUGGCAUGGACAGCCUUAUUAAGCUAUCAAAUCCUGCCAUUUAAGGAAAGAACUGCUUCUAAGCCAGCCACUAGCUACACUUUGCCUUGGUCCACGCUUCUAUCAAAACUUCCAUUCUGGUCCUGUGUAAUUGGGCAUGCUUGUCAAAAUAAUUGUUUCUUUGUAUUAUUGUCAUGGAUGCCUACAUAUUUCCAUGAUACAUUUCCUGAAGUUAAGGGCUGGCUCGUAAAUAUGGUGCCAUGGUUGUCAAUGCUACCUUGUACAUUUUUGGGAAGAUCUCUGACUGAAAGAAUAAUCAAGGCUGGCUACUCUGUGACUGUUACACGCAAGAUAAUUCAAACGAUUUGUUUCAUUACAGAAAUUGGAAGUCUUUUGUUCCUGUCGACAGUGGAAACUCUUCAAGGCGCAAUACUGUGUCUUGCUCUGAUUAUCGGUGCUUCGGGCUUCCACAAUAACGCGAUUGCUGUAAAUCCUUCAGAUCUUGCACCAAAGCAUUCUGGUAGUGUUUUUGGUAUAAUGAAUACCAUCGGCGCGAUUCCUGGUUUCCUCGGUGUAUAUGUCGCCGGACACAUUUUAUAUCUCACACACAGUUGGUCUGUUGUUUUCCUAUUUAUUGCUGCCAUUGAUGCAUUAGGAUGUGUACUAUAUUUAUUAUUUGGCUCUGGCCUUGCAAUUAUAUAAACCUAUGCUCACUAAA